CUGAAACUUCUUGUAUGUAAGUCACCUGAGAACCAAAUUUUUCUCGAAUUCAGCUCGAAGUACAUUGGAGGACAUGCAGAUGUGAUUGGAGGAUGCGUAACAACUCGUACACUUGACCAAUGGAAACGCCUUAAACUACAGCAACUUACCACCGGCAGUGCCUUGUCGCCAUUCGAUGCCGCUCUGUUGGCUCGUGGACUGAAGACCUUGCCAUUGCGAGUUGAUAAGAUCUGUUCAAACGCUCACCACAUUGCGCAAUUCCUUGCUAAGCAUCCGAAGGUGCAAUUAAAAUACUUUUAUGAGUUUUGUGACAAUCUCGAUAUCGAUCUUUCGCCUGCUGCUUGUGUGGCGUAUCGAGAUAAAAUCUCAGCCACCAUCGACUUGUCCACGCAAAACGGCAAUUAG